AUGGAUGUUGACUCCAAGCCCUGUUUCAUGGCUGACAAAAGGGCCUCUGAUGCUGAAAAUAGCCAAUCAAGGCUAGCAGAGGAACCUGGUACGCGCGAACAAAUGAGAUUGACAGAUGGAUUGCAGGGGUAUGAGCCGUCACCAACGCUGUCUGCGGUCUCAGCCUUUAGAUCAAAGAUCAAAGAUCGAACUGAUACAGAGUUAAUAAAUGCGAGAGCUGUUCUUGAUAUUGUUCGGCUUCCAAGCCAUGGAGGACCAACAGCUUUCUUCAUCUCGCUCUCGGUCAACUCCACGAAGCCAUCCAACAACACCAAAACAACCCUGCUCAAGAUCCGGUCUAGACCGUCUUGGCAUACUCGUCACCCCACGGUCAUCGCGCCCUGUCCAGCUGGUAUUGUCCAACAGCUUUCUCGAGUCGGGCACAAGCCAGUUGUUCCAGACGCAGGCGCAUGCAUGUUUUAUUCCCGGGACCGCCAAACCAUUCUGCACGACAACAUCCGUGUUAUCACCAAGCCCACCUUCCGACAUCUCGCUCGUCAGGGUAGUGUCGUAGGUCUCUCGGUCAAACUUCGAUCAUAG